GUUGAAAAGAAGGAGCAGGAAAUACAAGCCGAAGACGAAGAGGAUGAUCCAUUAGAUGCUUUCAUGGCGGAUAUCGACACAAAGGUCAAGGAAGAAGCGGAAAAGCCUUCUGAAGAAAAGGUUCGUCGUGAUGAUAUUGAAGACGAAGAUUAUAUGGAAAGCUAUAUGAACCACUUGAAAAAGAAGGGAAUUACCAUAGGACAAGGUGGGCCUGUAAUGGAACGAAACGAGGACGUCGACUCGGAUGAAGAGGUCUAUGCCACAGCCAGGGCAAUCGACAAUGCAGCAGAAGCACAAUAUGAUCCAGACGAUAUGUCAUAUGAUCCACAAGCCAAGAAAGAGAUUACUCCUUUACCAAGAAUGGAUCACUCGAAACAGAACUACAUCGAAAUUGAAAAAUGUUUUUACGAGGAACACGAGGACAUUGCUAAGCUCUCUGAAGAUCAAGUGAGACAAAUUAGAUUAGACCUCGAUAUGAGAGUAUCCGGGGCUGAUGUAGCCAAACCAUGCAUAUCCUUUGCACACUUCGGGUUUGAGGAAGAACUUAUGGAAACUAUUCGACGAGCUGGAUAUUCAGAACCCAGUGGGAUCCAGCGUCAAGCUAUUCCUGUUGCUUUAUCUGGACGCGACAUUAUUGGUAUUGCAAAGACUGGAUCUGGGAAGACUGCGGCAUUUUUACUGCCUAUGAUUGUGCAUAUUAUGGAUCAAGCAGAGCUUGAAAAGGGAGAUGGGCCAAUUGGAGUCGUACUUGCGCCUACAAGAGAGCUUGCUGAUCAAAUUUAUAGCGAAGCAAAGCGAUUUGCCAAGGCUUAUGGGCUACGCGUUGCGGUGGUCUACGGAGGUGCGAGUAAGCAGGACCAGUUCAAGACUCUACGAUCUGGAGUUGAAAUCGUGGUUGCAACGCCAGGCCGACUGAUUGACAUGAUCAAAAUCAAGGCGACAAAUUUUAGGCGUACAUCCUAUUUGGUGCUGGAUGAGGCUGAUCGCGUUUUUGAUCUUGGAUUUGAGCCUCAGGUCCGGUCCAUCUGUGAUAACAUUCGUCCCGACCGCCAAACCCUACUUUUCAGCGCGACAUUUCAAAAGCGUGUUGAGAAGUUGGCAAGAGAAGUAAUGACUGAUCCUGUGCGAAUAUCCAUUGGGAAUGUGGGCCAGAUCAAUUCGGAUGUUACUCAAGUAAUUCAGAUUCUAAAGGAUGACACUCUCAAAUGGAACUGGCUGAUGGAACGUCUUCAGAAUUUUGAAGCUUGCGAGUGCUUGCAUGGUGAUAUGCUGCAACAUGAACGUGACAAGGCUGUUCAUGACUAUAAAAACAAGCUUUUCCCAACCCUCAUUGCUACUGAUGUAGCUGCGCGUGGUUUGGAUAUUAAAUCAAUUCGCACGGUUAUCAACUUUGAUGUUGCAAGAGACAUUGACUCCCAUGUUCAUCGAGUUGGUAGAACGGGGCGAGCAGGAGAAAAGGGAACAGCAUAUACACUCAUUACAGAAAAAGAUGACCGCUUUGCUGGAGAUUUGGUCCGUAACCUGGAGGAGUUUGGCCAGACUGUUUCUCCUGAUCUGAUGAAGAUUGCGAUGCAGAACUCAAGAUUCAGGAAAUCUAGGCAGUUUAUGGGAGGCCAGAGGGGUGAAAGAGGAAGUCGUGGGAGCCAUGGUGGCAGAGGCCGUGGAGGC